CAUCUGAUUGCCCCACCUGUACCUUCUGUCUCAGCUGAACAACCUCGCAUUUCUCAACAACGUCCUCCAACAGAGACAUAAUACCAAGAUAUAAUACUGGGAAUAUGGCUGACGCCUUGUCGGAAGAGCAAAUAUCCCGCUUUCGGGAGGCCUUUGCCGUCUUUGAUAAAGAUGGAAAUGGCGAGAUCACGGCAGAAGAGCUUAGAGACGUCAUGCGCUCGUUGGGACAGAACCCAACCGAAUCUGAGUUACAAGAUAUUGUAAACGAAUUGGAUGUUGAUCAUACAGGCACAAUCGACUUUGACGAGUUCCUCACAAUGAUGGUCCACAAGGGAAAAGCAACAGAUGAAGAGGCCGAAUUGCGUGCCGCUUUUGAUGUGUUUGACCAGGACGGCAGUGGCACAAUCAGCGCAGACGAGAUGCGCCGGGUCAUGAAGUCCAUUGGCGAGAAUCUGACCGAUGCUGAAAUUGAUGAGAUGAUUAGAGAGGCUGAUACAGAUGGAAAUGGGACCAUUGAUUGUGAGUUCUUCUGGAUUAUGCUCUAAAUAAGAAACUAAUUAUACUCACCAUUUACAGAUGAAGAAUUUGUCCGUUUGAUGAACCAGAAUUGAUACCCGACUGUAAGGUUGUUGCACCGCAGGAUCAGCCUACAGACUUUUCUUUCUCGAGAUUAGGAGAUUAUCUAGCAUAAUGUGUUAUGUUAACAAUCUUUCCAACACUACAAAGCUCUCCAG